AUGAACUCGAUUUCCAGGCCAUUGAAGCGUUUGGCUCCCCCGAGGGCCACGCUUCACGGCCAAUCAUGCCGGCGAACAGCGUCCACGCUGAAGAACCUUAGAGAAGCGUCGGCAUGGCUAUCGAGGCCACCCCACUCGCGUGAGGAGCACCUCGAUCCGUCCGUCGCAGACGACGAUGUACCCUACCUCGCCAAACAGCGCCUUCACCCGUUAAGCUUAGCCGACCUUGUAAAACAUGGAAGGCCGCCGCUGUCCGCCGAGGCUCUCCUCUCCUCGGCGCGCUUCACUCUCUCGCUCCUGCCGAUCCGGCUGGCACACCGCAUCCAGGCGCUGCGCAGCCUGCCGUACAUCGUAGUGUCGAACCCAAACAUCAACAAGAUCUACAACAACUACCAGCACUCCCUCUCGACCCUCCUGCCGUGGAAAGAGCGCACAAUCAGCAGUCUCGAGGACGAGAUACGCUUCACCGAAGUCCUUGCCGAGCUCGUGCAGACGCACACCGACACGAUCCCGAUCCUGGCCCGCGGCUUCCUCGAGUGCCGCAAGUACAUCUCACCGGCCGAGGUGACCCGCUUCCUGGACUCGCACCUGCGGGCCCGCAUCGGCACCCGCCUCGUCGCCGAGCAGCACAUCGCCUUGCAUUACAGCAGCACGCCGCACUUCAACCCCGGCGCGAGCCCCACCCCGUGCCCCGAGAACCCGACCUACAUCGGCGUCAUCGACACGGCGCUGCGGCCCGCCGCAACCAUCGACAGCUGCGGCGGCUUCGUCGCCGACAUCUGCGAGCUCAAGUACGGCGUGCGGCCCCGCUGGGUCAUCGACGGCAAGCCCGACACGACUUUUGCCUACGUGCCCAUGCACCUAGAGUACAUCGUGACCGAGCUGCUCAAGAACUCCUUCCGCGCCACCGUUGAGAGCGGCAUGAACAGCGAACCCAUCGUGAUAACCGUCGCGCCCGAGCCGCCCCAGCAGCAGCAGCCCCGGCAGCAGCAGCAGCAACGGAGCUACGCAGACGACGACGCCGGCGGCCAGCCCGGCGGCCACGUCACGCUGGACCCGCCCGCCGACUCCCUCGGCGCCUUCAGGCCGGACCGGAUCCGGCCGCUGGACGACAACGCCCCCGGCGUGACGAUACGGAUCCGCGACCGCGGUGGCGGGAUAUCGCCGCACGUGCAGCCCAGCAUCUGGUCGUACUCCUUCACCACCUUCUCCGAGGACUACGACGUCGUCUCCGGCUCCGGCUCCGGCUCUGGCGCCGACCUGUCGGCUGGCGGCGGCAACGGCAACGGCGGCGACGAUGCGCUAGCCGUCAUCUCCCAGGCAAGCAAUGGUAGCAGCUCCAUCGCCGGCCUGGGCUACGGCCUGCCCCUGAGCAGGGCCUAUGCCGAGUACUUUGGCGGCGGCAUCGCCGUCCAGAGCCUGUAUGGCUGGGGCACGGAUGUGUACCUGAGGCUCAAGGGCGUGGGGAGGAUAGAGUGAGUUUUGUGGUCUCCCCCUCAGUCGCUAUUCGUGUUGUGUGUGUGGCGUACCGACGUGUGAGCGGAAGAACUGACCGCUGACCACGACCUCAACCCCCCGGGCUAGACAGAACACGGUUGUAAAGACAUGAACGGACAUAUAUGGGCAUGUGGCAUACAUAGUUACACGGAUUAACUGAGAAGUGCGGGCAGGUGCAGCUAUCAAACACUAGCAGGGCCAGGAGCAAAGGGAGAGGAGGGCUUUUCAGGAGUAUGAUGUACAUACAGUACAUGGAUUGUAUUAGAGUGGUUCUAGCUAUGGAAAUUACCUAUGCAACCUCAACGGAUU